AAACGUCGCCGUUCUGAGUCAGACACAAUCAAAACAUCGGCAAGUGCACAUCGCAAAUCGAAGUGACCCGCAAUCAAAAAACCAAGACGAAAACAGGCAUUUUGUUGUGAAAUUUUGUUAAAAUUUUCUGAACAGCGCAAAAUUUAGGUGAAUAUCCUUGUAAGGUUACCAACGAAGCAAAAUGCUAUCCCGACUAGCUUGCACAGGAAGGACAUUCGUCUCGACUCCGCUGCUGAAAUCCGCCCUGCAGCAAGUUCCGCACCGCCAGCAAGUGGUCCGCCAAUAUGCCCGAGAAGUGAAGGGUGGAGGCUCCAGUUCCAGCUGGACCGCUCGUGCCGAACGACAAACGCUGCGUGAAAGAGCUAUGGCACCACCCGGCCCAAAUGCGUACUCCUUGGGAAAGGGUGCCCUGGCGGGAGGAGCUGCCCUAGGGUUGGGAGCGCUGUGCUUCUAUGGGCUUGGUUUUGGCUCCGGUACCAGCACCCUGGACAACUCGAUCGCUUGGCCUGAGUUCGUGAAGGAACGCGUGCGCGAUACGUAUCUGUAUUUUGGGGGGUCUUUGGCUAUUACGGCUGCUAGUGCCAUGGCCGUUUUCCGGAAUCCGACUCUGCUGAAUUUGGUGUCAAGAAAUGGAUGGAUGUCGAUUCUCGGCACAUUUGCGUUGAUGAUCGGAUCCGGCAUGUUGACCCAAUCGAUCCCGUACAGCCCAGGAUUCGGAUCCAAGCAGCUGGCUUGGGCUGCUCAUUCGGCUAUUCUGGGAGCGGUCAUUGCUCCUAUCUGCUUCAUCGGAGGACCUCUGCUGACCCGAGCAGCCUGGUACACGGCCGGAGUCGUUGGUGGACUUUCCACAGUAGCUGUGUGUGCUCCUAGCGACAAGUUCCUCUACAUGGGUGGCCCAUUGGCCAUCGGUCUAGGAGUGGUGUUUGCCUCCUCGAUGGCAUCGAUGUUUUUGCCACCGACGACGGCUCUCGGAGCAGGUAUUGCUUCGCUGUCGCUCUACGGAGGAUUGUUGCUUUUUAGUGGGUUCCUGCUCUACGACACGCAGAAGAUUGUUAAGCGAGCGGAGCUCUAUCCUUUGUACGCACCGCGACCAUUUGAUCCCGUCAAUUCAGCUAUGUCAAUCUACAUGGAUACGAUGAAUAUUUUCAUUCGAAUUGCGACAAUUUUGGCCGGCGGUGGCGGCAAUCGACGAAAGUAAAUCAUGUUAAUAGCCCUCGCUCUGUAUAUAAGUUACUAGUUCGUAAACAGCUUUUAUGUCUAUCUUCAACUGUAUUUCAUAGUUUGUUUUAGCAAGUCUAUCAACUCACUAGUAGGUGAGAUUAAUCUAGAACAUAAGUUCAUUGAAAGCGAUAUUGUUCUUUACAGGGAGAAAUAAUGUGAAGAAAUUUUUAGUGAAGCUGAUGCCUAUCCCCUGUCGAAAUCUUGGAAAUACCUAAAUUGAUGAAUGUUCUUGAACGAAGCAUAAAUAAAAUAGAACAAUGAAUUAUA